GUACUUCCGUCUCCAAGAACCUUGAAUGAAAGUGGACUUAGAGGGCAUACUCUCCACUUUUCAAGGUUGGUCAGUGGUCGGAGGCAAGGUGUAGUGGUUCAUUCAAGCACAGCAGCAACAUCAACAGCAGCAAAAGCAAAGCAAAAGCAACACCAGAAACAAAAAUAGUAAUAAUAGACAGGACACCAACAACAGAGACCAUGUCAUCGUUUGCUGGCACUACAGCAAGGAACCACCGCUACGAGGCAGAGUCUGUGUACGAGGAAGAAGAGGCCAUGAAACAAAGUCACCUUGCCGCGGACCCUUCAUCCGAAGGUCCUACCGAAGAGUGGGCAAGACGUGAAAAGUCGUCACUUGACAGCAACACGCCCGAGUCGCCGUCCGAAGAAGGAACGGAAAGCACAUCGAGUGCCUCUGCUUCAGGAGACGUAGAGCGAGCUUCACCUGCAAGCGAGGAAAUUGAUCAAAAGAUGAAGGCCAAACCGUUGUUCCAUGACGAACUGGGAUCCCCGAAAUCUCCGGCUCGUCUGCACCCGGAACAGGCUCACUAUGGUGACGACAGUAACGAAAAGCAAGUGGAUUCUCUACUAGUAGAAGAGGAGGAAACGACUUCUCUAGCAGCUGCCAAAUUACCGGCGCAGCCUUUUUGCGAUUCCGAGCCUGACGAGAGGAGUAGUUCGUCACUGGAAGAAUACGAUGGGUAUCAAUCAGCAGGAGCCAUGGCCGAGAAACAAGACGAAUCCGAUGCAGAGAAUAGUCCAUUAUUUCCAGCGGAUGAAGAGUCACCCGAAGGCGCUGAUGAGGAAGCCCCUGCUGAAUUGGUACAGGCCACGUUGAUUCGAGAUGUCGAUGAAAGUAGUCACGCAUCCGAUGUUGACCCUUUUUCGAUGGACGACAGCGGCAUGAUGCCUCCUCCGACCGAAUUGAUGCGAGACAGUACUGGUUUCGUCACACUACAAUCCGAUUUGGCAGUCGUUGAAGCCAAACCAGUCGAUCUAGCCAAUUCCAAAACCAUGUCUCGAAAAUUAAUUUGUGCCGUCAUGGGAGCCCUUCUGUUUGUGAUUGCCGCACUGAGUGUUGGAUUUGUCGUUUCCGCAAAGAAUAAAGGAGACGACCGGGACGUUGCCGACGGGGAAAAUGCCGGAGCCAAUAAUGGCACCGAAAGUGCUCCCAACCCGGCGGCUCAAACGAGUCUGAGCCCAACUCCGGCACUGGUUCCCGUCUUGCAGCGAUUGCAACAAGGUGGAACACUGCGAUGUGGUGUAGUGCCGAAUCCGGGUCUAUUUUAUACCACGACUACCCCUGGAACGGAACAAGUCGAAGCUCAUGGUUUUGAUGCUGCUUUGUGCAAGGCCAUUGCCGCCGCCGCCACUGGAGAUCCUGAAAGGGUCGAAUUUGUAUCGUAUGCUUUCCCCGAUGUCUUGCCUGGUCUCAACGCGGGUGAAGUGGAUGUUGUAGCCGCUGGACUGACGCACACCAUGGAACGACAAGUCUAUCAUACUCAUUCCAGGGCUGGAUUUGCUUUCACUAUGCCGUACUUAUACCAAGGAAUGCAGCUUGCGGGUCAACCAAGCUUUGUCGAAUGUGGUGACAAGGGACUCGAAUUCAUUGCCGCCUGUGGAGACAUUAUGGUUUGCGUGGUGGAUCGAUCCACGCAUCAACAAAUGCUAUCCAGUUUCCUUCCAGGACAAAAACUCGUGGCAAGAGACACGGGAGGUGAACUGCGAGACAGUUUCGCCAGCGGUGCCUGUAAUGUCAUUGCGCACGAAGGAUACACCCUAGCGGAAUCGUUGGUGCGAGAAGCCGGGUAUGAGGGUGACUAUUUGGUCGGCCGAACCCUCUUUUCCAAGGAACCGCUCGCCAUGGCCACGUCGGGAGAGGAUGCUCGAUUUGCAGACUUUACCAAUAUUGUCUUGAACGCUCUAAUCGAGGCAGAAGCCAGCGGGAUUACACAAUCCACAGCUCAAUCGAUGGACGAAACAGACGCCUUUGGACCCGAGUAUACCGACAUGCUGCGGAACGCUGUAGCCGCAGGAGGAAACUACGGCGAACUGUAUGCUCAGUUUCUAGAGCCAUACAGCAUGAGGCAGGGCCUGAACAUGAUUAACUUUGGCAAUCACAGUGACACCGGACUGCUGUACUCGCAUCCAUUUGGUUCCAUCGCAAAUCUAAUCGGACAACCCGGCAAGACUUUGGCGGAAAUUGCAGAACGUGGAAGUCUUCGAUGUGGGCUGCGACCGAAUCGACCUGGCUUUGCCGAAACGGAGUUUUUGAACGAGACAGAGCCACAAUUACCUCCUGCAAUCGGGGAACUCAAUGCCAUUGGAAUGGAAGCCGAUUACUGCCGAGCCGUGGCCGCUAGCGCGUUUCUGGGAGGAUCUAGCAAGGUGGAGUUUGUGGAGAUUGCAGACCAGGAAGCUGGUUUCGCACUCCUCGCAUCCGGAGAAAUUGAUAUUGUUGCUGGAGCAACAUGGAACUUCCAAAAUGAGGUUCGCGUGCCUGGAGUCGAAGAGGGAUUUGCCUUCAGCCAACCAUACUUUUACGGCAAUAGCGACAACAGGGUCUUGGAGGAGAACCUGUGCAUGGCGACAAAGGAGGGUGAUCACACGUGGUCCUCCUUUGUUUACUGGAUCGUGGCAGCUGUUGUGCAAGCAGAGGAAUCAGGUGUAGACCAAGGAAUGUCUAAUGGUAUGCCGAACGUGGCCCUUUUCGGGUCGAACUUUGAAUUGAUGUUCCAAGACGCUAUCUUGGCCAUUGGAAAUUACCACGAAAUGUACCAAAAGCACAUGGGGGGUCGCAUUCGCAGGACUGGUCGAAAUUUGUUGAAUGGAAAUGUUGGCCCGCAGCUGUAUCCUAUUCCAGGCUUGUUGAAUUGAAUGAGCAACUGGACUUGGUUGGAAUGGAUCCUCUAAGUAUCACUUGCACAAGAAAAACAGUUAGAAUCGAAUCAUUCGCGUACCGUGAUGCAUCUUUGCCAUGAAGGGCGCACCAACAACCGAGGCUACAUUGAGCCACCGAUAGCUGCAGAAUAUUGUAUUUAUAUAUUUUUAUGGCGCUGAUCAUGGUUAGAAGGUCUCCGCCAGUAAGUUUGCCACUACAGACAGAUCUCGAACAGCCACCCAAUCGUGCAGCACUGUUGUGCCGCCUGUUGCCCUUGUUAUAUAAACGAAAGACCAGCGCACCAUCUGCAUAACCUUAUGUACUUAUUCAUUUUACUUUCAAAUUAAAUCUCCAAACUCCACAUCCGCUUCCUUUUGUUGCAACUAGUUUGAUGUUGACAUGGUGACCACAACUUUUCCAUGCGCAUGUCCACUGGCGACUUUGGUGAAAGCAGCACGUACACCAUCGGCAGUGAAGGGCAAUGGAGACUCCUCGUCGAUGGGCACCUUCAAUGAUCCUUCCUGCAUCCACUCCAACACUUGCUUGCGACCUUGCAGAAUAUCAUACGGCAUAAUCAAAAUGUACUUGGGAUAAGUUCGAGCCCUGAGGCUUGUGUACAGAGGUCGCCACGGCAUGCUGGCAAUGAAUUUGAUUCCUUUCCAAACAGUUCGGCAAUCUGGCCUGGUAUCAUCGCCUGUCACAGCCACAAACUUUCCUCCUUGUUUUCCUGUUUUCAGAACAAAUGGGGCACGGCCAUAGAAAUUGCCCCCGCCCACAGUAUCGAUAAUAACAUCAAACUUUUGGCCGCCUUGCCAAUCCAUUUCCCACCAAUUCUCUUCACGGUAAUUGACGACUUGAUCAGCUCCCAGUGUUUUGCAAAGGUUGGUCUGUGUUGAUGUGGUAGCCACAAAGGAGGCUUUGGCAUGGGUCUUGGCAAUUUGAAUGGCCGCUGAACCUACGCCACCACUUCCACCCAGAAUGAGGACACGGUCUCCCUCCUUGACAUUAUCCAUGACAGCAUUUCGUGCGGUAAUUGCACUGGAACUAGCAGCACCUUCUUGGACGGAAACUUUGGAUGGUUUCAGAACCACUUCAUUUUCGUUGACUACCAUGUAUUCGGCCAUGCCGCCCACGGGGGAAACUCCAUUGGAGGCGACCACGCCGUCUCCCUCCUGGAACAGUUUUGAUCCAUUGUUGUCCACUACAACUCCGCUAAUGUCCAUGCCAGGAACAAAGGGGCGGGCCUCGUGAAGAAAGAUGAGAUUGCCGUGGACCAUAAUUAUGUCUCCAGGUGAAAGGCUGCAGGCUUGGACCUGGACCAAGAUUUCUCCCUUCUUGGGGACUGGCUUGUCCACGUUGUUAUUCAUGGACAUGAGAGAGUCAUUGCCUUGGAGAAUUUCAAAGUCCUCCACAAAUUCGUGUACUUGAAUGGCCUUCAUCUUUCUUUGUUGGUUGCUUGGCUUUUUGUUGUGCUGUCUUCUGUUUUGUGAGCCGAGAAUCUAUCCUUCGGAAUUCCCGUCCUGUACCGGUACGGUGGGACUCACUGGAGAAGAUUUUUUGUUGGAGGUCAGUGGAUGCAUUCGUGAAGUCCUCGCGGCUCCCAGGAAGCAUUCGUGGAUUGCAAGAUCUUGAGCUCGUUGAGGUGGAGGAUUGAGGGAGUUCGUGCAUCACGGGGAGGGGUGCCCUCAGGUGCUAACUUCUACCCAGCUCGCCAUGGAUGCGGCACCAACUACCAGGUAGCUAGCUACGGUACCACUCCUGGUGUGGUUACAUGUACAUUGCCGAAAACCUCAAGUAGCUAUAGCCACAUGUAGGUUGCCAGUGCCAAUCCAGCAUUUCAAAAGGCAAGCUGAGAAUCGCAUUCCUCUGCAAAUUUGGUUUCAAUUCUCUCAAACACUGCUCCCGAACACUUCUCCUGAACACUUCCCCCGAACACUUUUAGUGUUGUAUUAGUAUUACCUCUGAAUUAUCAGUUGACAGUCUUUUAGUAUUUUGCAGAGAAUUUUCGUUGACGAUUUUUGUACCUGCGCAGCGCAGCGCACCGUACCGCACUGCACCAUACCGUACCGUACCAUACCGCACCAUACGAAUUAAAAGCUUCAGAGAUCCAGCAUUCAAGGAAUGCGAUAU